UUCCCCUUCCCGGAACAACAACAACAUCCAAAUCCAAAUCCAAGAAUACGCACUGUUCUCUCCAUCAGUCUCCGCCUCCACUGAUUCGUCCAACCAAGAAGAAGAAGAGCUACAGAAGAGAAGAUGAGCAAGCUCUGGACGAUCCUCACCCACCUCCACACCCUCGCAGGGCCUGGCGUGAUGCUCCUGUACCCCCUGUAUGCGUCGGUGCAGGCGAUGGAGAGCCCGUCGAAGCUGGACGACGAGCAGUGGCUGGCCUACUGGAUCCUCUACUCCUUCGUCACGCUCGUCGAGAUGGUCCUCGAGUCCCUCAUCUACUGGAUACCGAUCUGGUACGAGCUGAAGCUGCUGUUCCUGGCGUGGCUGGCGCUGCCCAACUUCAGGGGAGCGGCCUUCAUCUACGACAGGUUCGUCAGGGAGCAGCUCAGGAAGCACGGCCUCACCAACCACCCCGGCAGCGGCAUCGGCAGCAAGAAGGAGAACGGCUGCAAGGUCGACAAGUCGUCCUCGCCGUCGACGUCUCCCAAGGAGAAGGAGAACGCCAAGAGCAGGUUCCUCUCCUUCGUCACUCCCAAGAAAGACCACUGAGUGAGAUUGGAGCAGCAACCAGAGAUCCCAGCAGCUAGCUUCUUGGCUUCUGUUUUUUUUUUUUUU